UCUUUGACCCUCAGGUUUCGUGGUGGGAAGAUCGUGUGCGAAGUUACGUGGUGAAGAAGCGAAGAUUUUGCGAAAAGUACGGCGCCAAUCUCGCUGAAUCUUGGCAGACGAUCUGCCCAACAUCCCAAGUUAGGGAUUUUUACCACGACUUGCCGCGUUUGUCGUCGUCAAAGCUACAGCAUGUAACAUUUGCUGACCAAUCGCCGGUCGCUGAAACUUCUCACUCCCGCCAUUUUCAAAUAGGGUCGCGAAAGCAGGUUAGUAGUAUAGCGUUUGUGAAUCCAGGAAUUCUGCGACUUCAGCCGUCAACAUGCCGCUUCUUGGGAACCGACAGUUCUCCUUGGUCAAGCCUCUGAAGGAUUUGGGUCCGGACGAGAUGGUUUUCGUGAUCGACCACACGAAAGAGGCCUUCAGAUCGAAGGAAGAGUACCUGCGACGGUUACAGCAGUAUAACCAGUCCGUGUGGACAUGUCAGUGUACGGGGAACUCCAACCUAACUCAUGAGGAGGCAACACAGUCGGAACAGGAGGCUUACCAAAGCUUGCAGAAGGAAUUCCCGGAGUGCUUCAAGCAGCCAGUGCUGGAGUUGGUGCACCACUCCACUCAGCCGCUAGAGGCCCUCGCUGACGCGGCACACAACAAGCUGCUCACUGAACUUGCCAUGGGAGAGAAGGUUGAGCUGAAGAUGAAGAUCGGAGGGAAGGGUGUGCAGGGGAAGGUGGUGAAGGUGACCACUCCGACUCCUGAGGAGGCCUCCAGUAACUGCAGCUCUCCCUCCAGCGACAAGGAAAAUGCCACGGGGAAGGGAACAUCAGGAACCCCCAAGAAGUCCAGUCUGCUUCCCUACAAGUACAACGUGCGUAUCGCUGGUGAGGCCAAGGUCAUCAGCCUCAUCCCUGCCGUUGACCUUCACCGCGUGGAGAGAAUCCCGUCUCGAGAGUUUGUGCAGCUGUUCAUCCGUUCCUAUGCCAUGCGUAGCGGGCAGGGACCAAACAGCCCAUGGGUGGUGGACGAAGAAUGCGUGAAGAAGUACAAUCUUCCCAGUAAAUUCUCAGACUUUCUGGUCUCCCCAAAGAGAGUCGUGCCGCCCAGUCCGGUCAGUCCCUUUGUAAACCUCGGGAAACGGAAGUCACUUGAUUCGUCAGAAUCCAGCGCCAAGAAGAGGAAACAAGACAGGGGUCUAACACAACCAAAGGUCGGACUGGAGGCCUUUUUGAAACCCAAAGUGAAGGUGAUUUCUUCUCCACUCAAAAAGGUGUCGAACGGGCCAGUUUCUCCUUCAGCGAAGAGCCCACCACCGUCUCCCAAAGUCAUAGCUGUAAACGGGGUGGGGAAGACACCGGCAUCUCCCAAGACACCAAAGUCUCCUAAAACAGAAAAAGUAAAAGCUGAGAAGAAGUCAACCGCAAAGAAGCCAGCUGCAACAACAUCCGCGAAGAAAAAGGCAACCAUUCCAGAGAAGAAGAGAACUCCCAAAAGUGCGACCAAGAAGAAAGCCGUGAGUUCCACAGACUCAGAAGACGAUGCUCCUCUGAGCAGGUACAUUCUUAUAGAAAAGAAGAAAAAGAAAACGCCAACUAAGCAGUCAAGUUCGUCAGAUGAAAUCACCAUAGACAGCUCUGAUGACGACAUUCCCCUGAACGAACUAAAGAGAAAGUCUUUAUCAGAUUCUUCCAGCCCGACGAAGAAGGCACGAAAAAGUCCCAAGAAGCAAACAGCCAAGGAAAAAGCAAGUGCAGCUAAAAAGUCACCAAAGAAAACUCCUGGUGGAAAGAAGGCACUAAAACAGAUGACUCUGUUUGAUUUAAAGAAGAAAAAGGGAGAAUCAGGCACUCCAAAGAAAGGAUCUCCAAAGAAGGCAACAACUCCCAAAAAAUCAGGCACUCCGAAGAAGCAGCCAGGGACACCUAAGUCUCCAUGGCAACCAGCAAUGAUCAAGAAGCUUGUGAAGAUGAAGAAAGGGGUGACCACACCCUCUGAUCAAACCUCUGACAAAAGGUCCAAGUAUGGUUACCUCCUGUGGAAGGUGUGUAAGGAAUUCCCUGUAGCUGUUCUCAAGAACGCGCCCCUAGAAGUGAGGGCCGAGAUUCUCGAGAAACACAAGAAGCUGAAGGAAAAGGAACGGUUCAAGAAGAUGUCGGAAGCGGAGAAGGCGCAGUUCUUGGAGCAGAAGAAGGAGGAAAGGAAGAAGGAGUUGGAGAAGAAGAAGGAGGAGAGGAAGAAGCAGAGAGAAGAGGAGAAGAAGAAGGAGAAGGAAGAGAAGUCGAAGCGGUUUGAGGACCAGGAGUUGAAGUUGAAAGCACUUCCCCAGCCUGUUCCUGUGCCCAUGCCUGAAGGUUUGCCGAACACCCUGUUCGGUGACGUUGCGAUGGUUGUGGAGUUCAUCAGCUGUUACUACCAGCUCCUGAUGCCGGAGGAUAACUACCCUGUCACCACAGACGCCAUCAUGAAGGCUCUGGUGGCAGGAGGGGAGGGGUUCGCCUACCUGGCCAGGGUGCUGGUCAUCCUGCUACAGACACUCCUACAGGAUGACAUUAUGGAGGACCAUAAGGAGGUGGGCGUGGCCCUUGGAGACAUCCCGGUAACCAUGCACUCUGCCUCGGAACUGGUCCGACUCUGUCUCAAGAAACAUGAGGAGGAGGAGGAGGAAGAAGAAGAGAGUGAUGAGGAAGACGAGGAAAAGAUCAGGUAGAUAGAUGUAGACGAAGUGAGUGAAGAACUCCUGGAGAAGCUGGAGACGACAGAGUUCCACGAGCUGGAGCCGCAGGAGAAACUGGAGAUCCUGGUGGCACUUACACACAAGGUGAUGAUGUCCUACGCCGUGGAAGAUCACAUCCAGGAGAAACAGCAGAAGGCAGCCGAGCUGUGGAAGGAGAAAAUCCAGGUGCUGAAGGAACGGAAAGUCAAGCGCAAGGAGGAGAAACAGAAGAAGAAGGACAAGGGUGAUGGAGAGGACAAGAAGGAGGGAGAAAAGGAGAAGAAGGGCUCAAAGAAGAAAGAUGAAGAUAAGAAAGAAGAAGAGCAGGAGGUACCGAUGGAGGAUGAUGGAGACCUGGCCUCUAUCGUUAGGAGGAGAAGAGUUUUAGCAGCACAGGCUCAGAAGGAGAAGGCAGAGCGAGAGAAGAGAGACCGGGAAGAGCGGGAGAAGGAGAUGGAGAAGAUGAGAAAGGAGCGGGAGGAGCAGUCCUUCAAGACCAGGUUUGAGGAGGGGAUCGCCCAGGCCAGACGCACACUCAGAUGGCAGCAUGUUGGGACAGAUCGGCACCACAACAAGUACUGGCUGUUCUCCCCCCAGACUCCAGGCCUGUAUGUGGAGAAGGGCUGGGCACAUGAGUCUAUGGGAUAUCAGGUAACAUUACCCAACUCACCUGUGAAGAAGAAGAGUCAGCAGGAAGAAGAGGAGGAGGAGGAGUCUGAUGUGGAGUCUGUCAGCGAGGUCCAGAGUGUGACCAGUGAAGCCAGCACUGUCCGCAGUGAGAGAGUGAAGAAACACCGAGGUGUUGAGAAGACCCACCCUCCCCUGGGGCAGAACCUCUGGUUCCUGUACUCCAAGAAAGACGAGGUGGACAAACUGAUGCAGAACCUGGGAACUCAGGGCAUCAGGGAGUCACAACUCAAGGAGGAGCUGGAGAAAAGAUAUCAGGACAUCAAGUCUUCGCUGAACAACUACUCCAAAAGGAACCAGCAGCUGAGGAGUUCAGACGGAGACCAGGAGCUGCUGGAUGCCUACAAGAGGGACCUGGAGGAGAUAGAGACUAAGUUGGAGAAGGGAGGUUUAGGAGGAGUAGAGAACCCGGCCAAGUGGCUGAAGCGUCUGGAGAAGACAGACAAGAUGUCAGAGCUGGGCUGUCUGCUGGUGGAGGUGCAGGGAGGGGUGCUGCAGAAGUUCCUUAAAGGUAUGAUGGCACCUCAGAAGAAGAAACCAAAAGAACCCAAGACAGAAGAAGAUGACAAGGAGGAGAACAAAGAGGAAGAGAAAGAGGAGCAAGAAGAAGAGGAAAAUGAGGAGGAAGAGGAUGAUGAAGAAAAGGAGGUGCAGCUGUACGAGCCGCGUGAGGUGGAGUCGUGGCGGCAGGCGACGGCGGAGUGUUCCACGAUGUCGCGCCUCCACGUGCUGAUGGGCAUACUGGACGCCUGCAUCAAGUGGGACAAGUCGGCCGAGAACGCCAAGUGUAAGGUCUGCCGCAAGAAGCGCGAGGAGGACAGACUCCUGCUGUGUGACGAAUGUAACCAGGCGUACCACAUCUUCUGCCUGCGUCCUGCGCUGUCCUGCGUCCCCCCGGGCGAGUGGCGCUGUCCGGCCUGCAUCCCACGCCAGGCCAGGGUCGGGUCAAGGGGCAGGAACUACAGGGAGAUGGACGAAGGUGACUACAACAGCAGUGAAGACGAUGAGGACAAACCACGCACACGGCGGGGUGGAAGGAGCCGGAGAGAGCAGGAGAUAGUACACAGGGAGGAGUGUGUGGUGUGUUACGAGGAGGGGGAGCUGGUACCAUGCUCCACCUGCCCGCUGGUGUUCCACAAGGAGUGCCACAUCCCCGCGCUGAGGAACUUCCCCCGCGGGAACAACUGGGUCUGCUGCGCCUGCCAGAGCCCCGCUAAGUACAGGCAGCUACGGAAAGCCAAACCCAGUCAACCACCUCCAAAGCAACAGCCAACCAGACAGACGUCCAGACAAACCAGCACCUCACGGCAGGCAGCUGCCUCCUCCACAUCACCCGGUACAUCAUCUCAGUCAACCAAUCAGGGCAGGGCAUCCACACAGGCAGCCAAUCAGGGCAGGAGUACAGCCGCAUCCAGGAGAGCACAGCAACCAGUGCCUAACAACAAGAAGGAAAAGGAAGAGCUACAUUCUAGGAGGACCAACAACGAGCUCAAGACAUGUGAAGACAUCUUGCAGAAACUUAUGAGGAACAAGUCUAGUGUAUACUUCAGGAAGCCUGUGGACGUUGAGGACGUGCCAGACUACUAUGAGGUCAUCAAGAACCCGAUGGACCUCACCACUGUCAAGAACAAGUGUGUGUGUCUGGACUAUUGCUCACCACAGGAAUUCAUCAACGAUGUAUCCUGUAUCUUCGACAACGCGCACGAGUACAACAAGCUUGGCUCAGACAUCAGGGAAAAGGCUGACGCGCUAGAAAAGUACUUCCUCGAGCUGCUGGAAGAGUUCCUCCCGUCUUACGAUUACCCCCACAAGGAAACCGCAGCGAUCCACGGCAUGCACAACGACCACUCCUACACAUCACCACAGAAAUCCACCAGCAAUGGGAAAUGA